GUGGUCGCCAGCUGCCCCCAGGGACCCGGCAGCGCUGCCGGGAUGCGGUCACGGCUCAUCCCGCAGGAAUCCGGGCGGUUUUGGAGGCAGCGGAGGUGAUGCCGAGGCGGCCGUGCCCCGGUACCGCUGCAGGGUGCGGGUGAGGUGACCCCCGGUAGCUCCCGCCGGGUGACUCGCUGGGCCAGAUGUUAAAAAUCUCCUGGGCCCCCUCGCAGCUCGGUGAAAUAUUUUCACUGCAGCAGCAGCGGCGGCGGCUCCGGAGGCUCGGGAGCUGCAGGGAGGCUCCGGCAGCUCCGGUGCAGCCGUGCCGGGCUCGGGGCAGCCGCAGCCCGGAGGUUUUGGGGCCGGGAGGAGCUCCCCAUAGCCCAGAGCCCAGAACAGCUGGAUCAUGAAUGUCUGGAGAGGGCAAAUGCCAUAGGAUGACCGCUGCUGGUCCCCUCUUACUGGCUGUGAUAUCGUCUGUCCUGUGGCUCACGCGGGGCUUCGACCCGGCUCCCAGCGCCUGCUCCGCCCUGGCCUCGGGCGUCCUCUACGGCUCCUUCUCCCUCAAGGACCUGUUCCCCACCAUCUCCUCCGGCUGCUCCUGGACCCUGGAGAACCCCGACCCCACCAAGUACUCGCUCUACCUCCGCUUCAACCGGGAGGAGCAGGUCUGCACCCACUUCUCGCCCAUGGUGCUGCCGCUCGACCACUACCUGGCCAACUACACCUGCGACCCCCGGGCCGAGCCCAGCCCUGCGCCCACCCGCCGCCCCGAGCAGCAGCAGGAGGAGGAGGAGGAGGACGAGGAAGCCGAGCUGGAGCUGUGCGAAGGCGCGGGGCCCUUCACCUUCCUGCACUUCGACAAGAACUUCGUGCAGCUGUGCCUGGCGGCCGAACCCGAGGCGGCGCCGCGGCUGCUGGAGCCGCAAGCGCUGGAAUUCCGCUUCGUGGAGGUGCUGCUCAUCAACAACAACAACUCCAGCCAGUUCACCUGCAGCGUGCUGUGCCGCUGGCUCGAGGAGUGCCUGCAGGCUCCCGGUGCCCGCCGCUGCGGCUUCACCCACGCCGGUUGCAGCUGCCAGGCCGAGAGCGCUCCGGUGCCCCGGCGCGGCGGCAGCCGAGCCCCGGUCCCCGCGCCCACCCCCGCGCCCGCCGCCCCCGACUGCUGCCCCACCGAGCUGCGCUCCCCCGAUGCCAACGAGCUCGACCUGCCCGAGGUGCCCCACGGCAAUGCGGUCGAGGAAAACCAGAAGGUGAAGACCCAGUGGCCACGGUCAGCAGAUGAACCCGGGGUCUACAUGGCCCAGACAGGGGACCCCGCUGCGGAGGAGUGGUCGCAGUGGAGCGUUUGCUCUCUGACCUGCGGCCAGGGCUCCCAGGUGCGGACGCGCUCCUGCGUCUCCUCUCCCUACGGGACGCUGUGCAGCGGGCUGCUCCGGGAGACCCGCACCUGCAACAACACCGCCACCUGCCCAGUGGAAGGGCAGUGGCUGGAGUGGGGCGCCUGGAGCCGCUGCUCCGUCACCUGCGCCAACGGCACCCAGCAGCGGACGCGCAAGUGCAGCGUCUCGGCCCACGGCUGGGCCGAGUGCCGGGGGGCCCACGCCGACGCCCGGGAGUGCUCCAACCCCACCUGUCCCACAGACAGCAAGUGGGGUCCUUGGAACCACUGGAGCCUCUGCUCCAAGACCUGCGACACCGGCUGGCAGCGGCGCUUCCGCAUGUGCGAGGGCACAGGCAUGCAGGGCUACCCCUGCGAGGGCACCGGCGAGGAGGUGAAGACCUGCAACGAGAAGAAGUGCCCAGCCUACCACGAGAUGUGCAAGGACGAGUACGUGAUGCUGAUGACCUGGAAGAAGACGGCUGCCGGGGAGAUCAUCUACAACAAAUGUCCCCCCAACGCCACAGGGACUGCCAGCCGCCGGUGCCUGCUGAGCCCCCACGGGGUCGCCUAUUGGGGUGUGCCCAGCUUCGCCCGCUGCGUCUCCCACGAGUACAGAUACUUGCAUCUCUCACUGCGGGAGCACCUGGCCAAGGGCCAGCGGGUGCUGGCAGGGGAGGGCAUGUCCCAGGUGGUGCGGAGCCUGCUGGAGCUCAUGGCCCGCAAGACCUACUACAGCGGGGACCUGCUCUUCUCCGUGGACAUCCUGCGCAACGUCACCGACACCUUCAAGAGGGCCACCUACAUCCCGUCCUCCGAGGACGUGCAGCGCUUCUUCCAGGUGGUGAGCUACAUGGUGGACGCGGAGAACCGCGACAAGUGGGAGGACGCCCAGCAGGUCUCUCCCGGCUCCGUGCACCUGAUGAAGGUGGUGGAGGACUUCAUCCACCUGGUGGGGAACGCGCUGAAGGCUUUCCAGAGCUCCCUCAUCGUCACCGACAACCUGGUGACCAGCAUCCAGCGGGAGCCCGUGUCCGCCGUGUCCAGCGACAUCAACUUCCCCAUGAAGGGCCGGCGGGGGAUGAAGGACUGGGCCCGCAGCUCCGAGGACAAGCUCUUCAUCCCCAGGGAGGUGCUGAGCCUCGCCUCGGCAGAAGCCGAGGAAUCAUCGCACUUCGUCAUCGGGGCGGUGCUGUACCGCACGCUGGGGCUCAUCCUGCCGCCGCCCAGGAGCCCCCUGGCCGUCACCUCCAAGGUGCUGACGGUGACGGUGCGUCCGCCGACCCGGCCCGCAGAGCCGCUGGUGCUGGUGGAGCUGUCCCACAUCAUCAACGGCACGUCCCACCCGCAGUGUGUCACCUGGGACUACUCGAGGACGGAUGCUGGCUUGGGAAACUGGGACACGGAGAGCUGCCAAACCCUGGAGACCCUCCCGGCGCACACCAAGUGCCAGUGCCGCCAGCUCGCCACCUUCGCCGUGCUCGCCCAGCUGCCCAGAGACCUGGCCAUGGACCCCUCGGGGACGCCGUCGGUGCCGCUGAUGAUCGGCUGUGCCGUGUCCUGCAUGGCCCUGCUGACCCUGCUGGUGAUCUACGCGGCCUUCUGGAGGUUCAUCAAGUCGGAGCGCUCCAUCAUCCUGCUCAACUUCUGCGUCUCCAUCCUGGCUUCCAACAUCCUCAUCCUCGUGGGCCAGUCCCAGAUGCUCAGCAAGGGCGUGUGCACCAUGACCGCCGCCUUCCUCCACUUCUUCUUCCUCUCGUCCUUCUGCUGGGUGCUGACCGAGGCGUGGCAGUCCUACCUGGCGGUGAUCGGCCGGAUCCGGACCCGCCUGGUCAGGAAACGCUUCCUGUGCUUGGGAUGGGGCUUGCCAGCCCUCGUGGUCGCCGUCUCCGUCGGCUUCACACGGACCAAAGGCUACGGGACAGCGAGCUACUGCUGGCUCUCGCUGGAGGGCGGUUUGCUCUACGCCUUCGUGGGACCCGCUGCUGUCAUCGUGCUGGUGAACAUGCUGGUGGGCAUCAUCGUCUUCAACAAGCUGAUGUCCCGCGAGGGCAUUUCAGAUAAGUCCAAAAAGCAGCGAGCUGGCUCCAAGCCCCCCCCGUGCGGCAGCCUGCUGCUGAAAUGCACCAAGUGCGGCGUGGUGUCCAGCGCGGCCAUGACCUCCGCCACCGCCAGCAGUGCCAUGGCAUCGCUGUGGAGCUCCUGCGUGGUCCUGCCUCUGCUGGCGCUGACCUGGAUGUCGGCCGUGCUCGCCAUGACCGACCGGCGCUCCAUCCUCUUCCAGGUCCUCUUCGCCGUCUUCAACUCCGUCCAGGGCUUCGUCAUCAUCACCGUGCACGGCUUCCUGCGCCGAGAGGUCCAGGACGUGGUCAAGUGUCAGAUGGGGGGGUGCAGGAGCGAGGAGAAUGAAAACUCGCCCGACUCCUGCAAGAACGGGCAGGUGCAGAUCCUGACAGAUUUUGAAAAGGACGUUGACCUGGCGUGUCAGACAGUGCUGUUCAAAGAGGUGAACACCUGCAACCCCGCCACCAUCACCGGCACCUUGUCCCGCAUCUCCCUGGACGGGGACGAAGACCCCAAGCUCAACACCACCUCGGAGGGCGGCCUGGGCUUCUCCAGCCUGCCCGGGAACAUCCCCCCCGCCAGCAUCCUGGUGCAGGUGCCCAAGAUGACACCCAACGUGGUGGCGGGGCUGACCGAGCUGGGCGAGCCGCCGGCGCAGCAGCUCGGCCUGGAGGCGCCGGGUCCCGUUUACCUGUGCACCGAGAGCAGCCUGAGACCCCUGGAAUACGGCUGGAUCCGGGCCCCGGAGCCGCCCCGCGAGAGCGACUACAUGAUGCUGCCCCGCCGCACCGGCAGCCUCAAACCUUUCCCCCGGGACGAGGCCACGCUCGGUGCCGGCACGGAGGAGACGGUGCCCGGCGGGACGGGGCGCCCGGCGGCCGAAGGGGACGCGUACCCCGGUUUUGUGGCGGUGGAUCGCGUCAACGUGAACCUCAACCAGCCCUACGCGACGGUGAAGGCGCCCUACGGCCUCCAGUUCAAGCAGCACCCCACGGUGAGGCAGAUCCUGGCCUCGGAGCUGUCGGAGCGCAGCCGCACCAUGCCCCGCACCGUGCCCGGCUCUGCCAUGAAAGUGGGGUCGCUGGAGAGGAAGAGGUUGCGGUACUCUGACCUGGACUUCGAGAAGGUGAUGCACACACGGAAACGUCACUCCGAGCUCUACCACGAGCUCAACCAGAAAUUCCACACGCUGGACCGGUACCGGGCUCCGUCCACCGGCUCCUCCAAGCGAGAAAAGCGGUGGAGCGUCUCGUCGGGCGGCGGGGACAAGAGCACGGCCAACGAGGUGACCAGCCCCGAGGAGCAGAGGCCGAAGGCUCCGGCCGCGCCGCCCAAACCAUGGAGCACGUUCAAGGCGAUGACUCUGGGCUCGCUGCCCAGCGCCCAGCGGGACCGGCUGGAGCUGUGCCGGGCAGACUGGGACAGCCCCUGCGGCGGCCUGGACGCGGCCGACGGCGAUUUCCAGACGGAGGUGUGAGCCCCGGUGGCCGCGCUGGGUUUGCUCCGUGCUCGGGGGGCAGCCAGGGUGGGGGUCCCUGCCUGGUCGGAGCUGUUUUCCGCCUCCCGUUCAUCCUCUCGCGGUUCCUCCUCCUGCCACCCCCGGGACGCGGGUGUGGAGGGGACCCGCGGCCUUCCCCCACCCCCCAAAAUGCUCACCCACGCUCACGCCUGCACCCCCACCCCGGGGCAGGUCGAGGCCCUCAGACCUUCGUUCUUUUCUACCGGGAUGUUUCUUCACGCCGUGCACCGUGUGCACGCGAGCGGCCGCCCCCCGGGAUCCCCCCCACCCCCAAAGCCCGGGACCCCCGCGGCCGCCCCCUCCCACCCAGCCCUCCCCACUGUCCCCACCCCACGGGGCAGGUGCUGUCGUUGUUGGAAAUAAAAUUCACUCUCUGUGGUGCCGUG